AUGGCUCCGGCGACUCAUUCGGAAAACGCUGCGUUGUUCUCACAGCUGCGGACACUGGCCAUGACCUUCCCAUUGCAGCUCCUUGCCGCCAUCAUAGUUCUUCGUCUGGUCUGGAACAAGUUCCAACGACGCUUGGUCUCGAUUCCAGGCCCACCAGUAGCCGCCUACACCAAGUUCUAG